ACCGAGUGGAGAGUGUCAUAUCAUACCUCGAAACAUCUUCCACUGCAGGAACAGCAGCACCCCUCCCUGUCACAUCUAACAUGGCUUCCACGACAGGAGCAGCAUCGUCCCUCCCUGUCAGGUCUAGCAUGGCUUCCACGACAGGAGCAGCAUCGUCCCUCCCUGUCAGGUCUAGCAUGGCUUCCACUACAGGAGCAGCAUCGUCCCUCUCUGUCAGGUCUAGCAUGGCUUCCACUACAGGAGCAGCAUCGUCCCUCCCUGUCAGGUCUAGCAUGGCUUCCACGACAGGAGCAGCAUCGUCCCUCCCUGUCAGGUCUAGCAUGGGUGAGUAUAUGGACACACACACAGCUUCCACUACAGGAGCAGCAUCGUCCCUCCCUGUCAGGUCUAGCAUGGCUUCCACGACAGGAGCAGCAUCGUCCCUCCCUGUCAGGUCUAGCAUGGCUUCCACGACAGGAGCAGCAUCGUCCCUCCCUGUCAGGUCUAGCAUGGGUGAGUAUAUGGACACACACACAGCUUCCACUACAGGAGCAGCAUCGUCCCUCCCUGUCAGGUCUAGCAUGGCUUCCACGACAGGAGCAGCAUCGUCCCUCCCUGUCAGGUCUAGCAUGGCUUCCACUGCAGGAGCAGCAUCGUCCCUCCCUGUCAGGUCUAGCAUGGCUUCCACGACAGGAGCAGCAUCGUCCCUCCCUGUCAGGUCUAGCAUGGCUUCCACUGCAGUAACAUCACCGCCCCUCCCUGGCACGUCUAACAUGACUUCCACUGCAGUAACGUCACCGUCCCUCCCUGGCACGUCUAACAUGGCAGCAGCAGCACCGCCCCUCCCUGUCACGUCUAAUACAAAUGAGUAUAUGGACAAUACACUACACACACAAUAUGCUACACACUAUAUACAUACACACUAUAUUGUGAUAUCCCGAGAAGCUGCGUCAUCGAGGGGCGCUAUGUCAUACGCAGAUGGCUCCAACUUCUGGCAGCUAUGACUCCAUCUGGUGGUGGAGUUGGGAACUUCACCCUCAGCACCCAACACGACAACACACCUGUGGCCAAUGAGGGCCUGAUGAGUAAGAGGGCUUUGUGAGAGCUCAAAACUCCCAGUCUGAAUGUGGAGGAGAGAGGUUCAUGGACUCCCGUUGCUGAGUGGAACCUGUUGGGCGGAGUAUUUGAAGGAAAAGCUUAUCUGGAAUUCUUACCUGAAGGAUUUUGCACUGAAGGACUUACCUGUUUUAUGAAGGCCUGCGACUGGGCUGCCACCGGGCUAAAGACUACAGGGAUUGUUGACCGGACUCAAAGUAAGGCAGAAGAUUUUGUUUGUUCUGAAAACGGGAUAUUGGACUGAAGGAAACCUGCCUAUAAUUUUGUUGUUCUAAAGCCAGAGACAUUGCUUGAGUUUGACUUUUGGGAAUCCAUCUUCGUUUCAACAUUGGACUUUGAGUUACCUUUUCUGUUUAAAUUUCCUGGCAUAACAUUAAAAAUCUUGAUUUAUUUUAACCUUUGUGUCCUUGCACUGAUUGAAGGGUCCCGCCGAGAGCCAGCCAGCCUCUCGUGAUAUCACAAUAUACAUACACACCACACACAUACACACUAUAUACAUACAUACUACACAUACGAGACACUACGGUCUCUUCUGUGGAUAUGUGGGGUGUUUUUGUUGUGUUCUGUUCUGUGUCUUCAUGAUGCUUUCUAUUCUGUCAUUUCCUUUUUUAUUCUAUUCUGUUGUAUUGU